GCCGCCAUUGCGCCCGGGAGGGCCCUGUUCCGGGUCGGAAGGGCUCGUCGCGGUCCGGCGUGGCCGCCGGCGGGGUCCGGCUCUGCAGCCCCGGGACCUGAGGAGCGAGGCGGGGCGGGGCGAGGCCGCGACUGCAGAGUGAGCGUGGGCCGCUCUCUCCUGGAGCAUUCUGCUGAUCAGGUGGAGGUGAUUUCCUGUCCGAUCUGAAGCUUUUGCAGAAUUAAAGCCAGCAAAGAAGACGUGUUUAUUCCUCUGCAGUGCUGAAAGGAGGCAGAAGUCAAACGUUUCGCAAGGGAAGCAGUCUUAGGGAACUUUGCAUCUGACCCUUAUUUUGUGCCAGUCCUACCAGUGGGCAGAAGGAGCUAGACUGUUCUUGUCUUUCUUGUGUCUGGACCUUGAUGUCCAUUUCCACCUCUCCUUCUGGCUCUUCCUUUUGCAGAACUCACAAGAUCUCUCGUAAAGAGAUUUGUGGUCAGAACUUUAUGCUGCAUUUUUAUUCAGGAAAGAAGCAGGAAGAGAAGAGUCUCAUUUCCUAGGAAUCCAGCACUGGAGAGACGUCAACUUUGGCUUGGAUCAUUCUGCCAGACGCAAGGAGGAAGAUUCUUUCAAGGAUGGUCUCCCAUUCAGAAUUGAGGAAGCUUUUCUGUUCAGCUGACGCAGUGUGCUUUGAUGUUGAUAGCACAGUCAUCAGAGAAGAAGGAAUUGAUGAGCUAGCCAGAUUCUGUGGAGUUGAGGAUGCUGUGUCAGAAAUGACCCGGCGAGCCAUGGGUGGAGCAGUGCCUUUCAAGGCUGCCCUCACAGAGCGCUUAGCUCUGAUCCAGCCCUCCAGGGAACAGGUGCAAAGGCUCAUAGCAGAGCACCCCCCACACCUGACCCCUGGCAUAAGGGAGCUAGUAAGUCACCUGCAAGAGCGAAAUGUUCAGGUUUUCCUAAUAUCUGGUGGCUUUAGGAGCAUUGUAGAGCACGUUGCUUCAAAGCUCAAUAUCCCAUCAACCAAUGUAUUUGCCAAUAGGCUGAAGUUUUACUUUAAUGGUGAAUAUGCAGGUUUUGAUGAGAUGCAGCCAACAGCUGAAUCUGGUGGGAAAGGAAAAGUUAUUAAGCUUUUAAAGGAAAAAUUUCAAUUUAAGAAAAUAGUCAUGAUUGGAGAUGGAGCCACAGACAUGGAAGCCUGCCCUCCUGCUGAUGUUUUCAUUGGAUUUGGAGGAAAUGUGAUCAGACAACAAGUAAAAGACAACGCAGAAUGGUACAUCACUGAUUUUGUAGAGCUUUUGGGAGAACUGGAAGAGUAAUACCAAUUUUUAUAUGGUUCAUUUUUUCAGGUUAAUUUUUAAAAGUCACAGAGUUUGAUACUGUUUGCUUACAAUUGCCUAUUACAACUUAAUGUAUAGAUUUGGUAUUGAUUAUCUGUACUUCCAAGUAAACUAUGGAAAAUCACUUUAACUGCAGUCCCAGUAUUAUUAUGACCAUUAAUUACCUGGACAGUUUUAUAAUCAGAAUUCUUUAUGUAUUUUCCUAGUGAUAUUUUAUUUGAGACUUUUUAAAGGAGGAUAGUAAAUUAAACACCUUUCCUAUUGGAAAUAUGGGUUAGGCAGCUUUAAGUGAAUAUUGGUUUUCCUUUGAUAGGUAAAUAAAAGUUUAUCCAUUUAUCAGCACA